CGCACAAAAUCUGCGUCAUCGAUGUAAACAAGAAACAUGUCGCACAGACAGACUGAAACGAGAGAGAUGAAUGGACAAGCUGAUGUCGAGGUCGAUUACAAGCGAAAGUAUAAGAAUCUUAAACGAAAAUUAAAGUUUCUUGUUUAUGAACAAGAGUGUUUUCAAGAGGAGUUAAGGAGAGCACAGAGAAAACUACUGAAGGUUUCCAGAGACAAAAGUUUCUUAUUAGACAGACUACUGCAAUAUGAGCGGGUGGAUGAAGACUCUUCUGACUCAGAGGCCACAGUUUCUUCUGAAAACAGUGAAGGAGAAGUCCCUAUAAGAGAGAGAGAAAGAGAAAUUGCAAAAAAACGCAGAAGUAGCCCUGGUGCAUGUCUUCCUUCGUCUUCAUCUCACCUUUCUCUGCUCUCACGAUCCAGUAUGAAUCCUCUGCAGUCUUCAGGUUCUGGGUCCUAUCUCAACACUAUGCCAUUUCCGCCAGAGUAUUUGGCUCCUACGUCUGAUCGAGUGAGGAAAGAGAGAAAAACAAAAACACCAAAAGUCAAGAAGGAAACCACUGGAAAGGUUGUCGCUCCUAAUUACUCGUCUGCCCCCACGUCCUCCCCUGCCGCCAGCGCCCCCUUCAGUUGGGUCCCUCGACAGAUGCUGAGCGGAGACGGAGCAGAAGAGGACGGAGACAGUGAUGCAGACAGUGACAGAGUCGACGAUGACCGCGGGGAGGCAGACGAGGCAGAACUAGUCAUUGAUAUCCCAAAUGAGUGAGGUAUUUACUAAUGACCGAUGAGCUCGAUGAAAUGGACUAUUCUCACUCUCCUUGCUACUUUUAAAAGGAGAAACAAACUCCCCCUGCUGGACACUGGUUAAUCUACAGAAUCUCUGCAAAGACAGUUCACAAGUCAUUUUUAAUCAUUAGCUUACAAGAUCAUUAACAAAUUAUUGACAUGCAUUAGUUUUCACACAACAAUAAUAGCGGAAUUGCUUCUCAAAUUGCUUUUAAUUGUUUAACAUAAUGUACGAACUAUUAUAGGCAGUAUUUUAGUUAUAAAUCAUUGGUGCUCUACUUCAGUUCUCGACAUGUUUAAUUACAGAAUGCUUUUGUUGGCAUGUUUUUGAUAUGUUUGUGUUGUUCAAAAUAAAAAAUAAUGUAAAAUCAAAAUCAU